AGGUCUGCCACCUGGACCCAUGGACAAGGCCAAUUCUUCAGGAGUCUCUGAAUUUGUAUUGCUGGGACUUUCUAGUUCUCAAGAACUCCAGCUUUUCUUUUUUGCUUUCUUUUCUGUGUUGUAUGUAGUCAUUGUGUUAGGAAACCUCCUCAUUAUCAUCACAGUAACUUCUGAUACCAGCCUGCACUCCCCCAUGUACUUUCUCCUGGGAAACCUUUCCUUCGUUGACAUCUGUCAGGCUUCUUUUGCUACACCUAAGAUGAUUGCAGAUUUUCUGAGUGAACACAAGACCAUCUCCUUCAAUGGCUGCAUAGCCCAAAUUUUCUUCAUUCACCUUUUUACUGGAGGGGAGAUGGUACUGCUGGUCUCCAUGGCUUAUGACAGAUAUGUGGCCAUAUGUAAACCUCUACACUACCUGGUCAUCAUGAGCUGGAGGACAUGCAUGGUCUUAGUGGUAAUCUCCUGGACUGUGGGCUUGGUGCACACAUUAAGUCAGUUAUCAUUUACAGUGAACCUGCCUUUUUGUGGGCCCAAUGUGGUGGACAGCUUUUUUUGUGACCUUCCCCGAGUAACCAAGCUUGCCUGCCUGGACUCUUACAUCAUUGAAAUUCUCAUUGUGGUCAAUAGUGGAAUUCUUUCCCUAAGCACUUUUUCUGUCCUAGUCAGCUCUUAUGUCAUCAUUCUUGUCACUGUCUGGUUCAAGUCCUCAGCUGCAAUGGCCAAGGCAUUUUCCACUCUAGCUGCCCAUAUCACAGUUGUAAUAUUAUUCUUUGGGCCUUGCAUCUUCAUCUAUGUGUGGCCCUUUACCACCUACCCUGUGGAUAAAGUUCUUGCCAUAUUUUAUACUAUUUUUACUCCCAUCCUAAACCCAAUUAUAUACACAUUAAGAAAUAGAGAUAUGAAGUCUGCCAUGAGGAAAAUUGUGGCUCAUUACCUGAGGUCCAAAAAAGUUUCUGAAAUUCCACUAGUGGUGAGGAAUUCCCUUUAUUAAGGCAAAACUCCUUCAACUUCUUCAAAUAAAUAAUCUACCAACAGAUAUUUUUAUUGUAUUCAUAUGGCA